AUGUUUCUUCGUCAACUCGACCUGACGACUGCUCUUCGUCCGUCCUUGCUCCCCGAUGAAACUCUUCUCUUCGUUCAAGACUCUGUAGGUCUAUAUGAGGGGAAAUACAAGAUCCCCAACUACCAGAACGGGCACGCAUAUUUGACCUCACAUCGCGUGUGCUAUGUCGACAAUCAAGAACCACGGAAGUAUUCCAUUUCCAUCGAUCUCAAAGAUGUCGAUCGACCAGAGUUCUACGCUGGGUUCCUCAAGUCAUCAGCAAAGGUCACCGUAUACCCUAAAGCUCCAAAACACAAUGCCUUGGCCAUCAGAAGUCCCAAGCCUGGUUAUCCAAGCUCAGCAAGCUCAUUAGGGUCGACACCGCCGAGUCGAUAUACCACUCCAGGACGCACUUCUGCGCCUUCUCCCGCACCAGUCAGGGAUCCGAAUGCCACCUGGAUAUGUCCCAUCUGUUCGUUCUCGAAUCCUGUGCCGUCGAACUUCGAUCCAAGCACUGCAAAUGAUCGAACACCAUUACCGCCAUGUCUAGCUUGUGGUAUUAAGCCACCACUGGUACACGUCGUGAAAGCAGCAAUUGCUUCUCUGUCAAACCGUCCAAGUGGCUCAGUCUCUGCAUCUACUUCAACACCAACUGCAAAUACACCAUUGUCUUCUUCGCCGCAAGCAUCGCAACCCAUGGAUGUACCCUUGAACCAGUGUCCGCGCUGCACAUUCUCCAAUCAUCCAUCUCUGAGUAGCUGCGAGAUUUGUGGAGCCAAACUCUCAAGUACGGGAAACAGACGCUCUCAAAUCAUCGAAAGUGCCAUUCAACGUCCAGAAUCACCAGGCCCAACGCUCCCGUCUGCUGUACUAGGCGAAACCACCCCGGAAAGUGUGAAACUCUCCUUUCGCGCUGGAGGUGACAAGAUCUUCUACGAGCGAUUAAAAGGUGCUCUGGUCCAACGAAAAUGGCUCCUCCAAAACGCACCACCAAUACCAAGAUCUCAUACGGGCGAACCGAGCCAAACAUCAACAUAUUCAGCAACAGAUGGCUAUACUCCCACACCGCCGCCUCCGAAAGUGGUUGGUAUAGCAGGACUAGAGCGACGAGGAGCAGAGUUGCGCAAAAACAACGAAUUUGUCAUUGGCAGUGCCUUUGAAGACCUCGAAGCUCUCAUGACAUCAGCAAAAGAAGUUAUCGCCAUGGCCGAAAGAUUCAGAUCUCAAAACAGCAAUGGCGACACUGAAAACGAUGCGAACGCAGAAGCAGCCUCCUUGCUGCUAGACAUGGGUCUCGUAACAACAAAAGAUAUGCUCUCGGGUAGUGGUGCUGAUCGCACAUAUAUUGCAGAGCUAUCUCGAAACUUGGCCGAAUUCCUCACUGACGACAAAAGAGGUGUGUUGAGAAGGGAAGGUGGCAUCAUGUCCCUCGUCGACCUCUGGGCUGUGUUUAACCGCACACGUAAUGGUAUUGAAUUAGUCUCCCCCAUGGACUUUGAGAGAGCAGCUACGAUGUGGGACACCCUACGUUUACCCAUUCGCCUACGUCGCUUCAGAAGUGGUCUUCUCGUCGUUCAAGGCCGUGAUCGCACUGACGACAAAACCGUCGCUAGUAUCUUAUCCUGGCUCAAGGACCUCCACUCCAUUCCUCCAUCCAUGUCGAACACCUCUGAACAUGGUGCUGUCACGGGCCCAUCAGUGACUUGGGACUGGCAACAGUUUGGUCGUGGCGUAACAGCACAAGAGACGGCAGAAAGGUUCGGCUGGAGUGUCGGUGUUGCCACAGAAGAGCUUGAGAUGGCAGAGGAGAGAGGAGCCCUGUGUCGAGAACAAGGACUUGAUGGCGUCAGAUUUUGGGAAAACUUCUUUGCCGACAUUCCGGUCAAGGUGCCCAAGACGAAGACGGCUUCGCAGUUGGAGCAACUCGAACUGGAGAAGAGGUUGAGGGAGAGUGGGUUGUUAUAG